AUGCCCUUCUACAUUUUGCGUGCCGUAGUGGGCAGGUCGGCGAAGAGUGCUGGUGAGGCAGCAGGGCUCGGGACGGGACGGGACAGGCAGAGGAGAACAAAAAUCCUAGAUCCUUCCUGCCCGCCCGCCUGCCCGUGCCCGUCGGCGCGUCGUUGUUGCCGGCCGCGCCAUACCUCAGGCUUCUCCUCAUCCAGGGGAAUCGGAUACACAACAAGCUGCAGGAUGGUGCUGUGGGUCUUCGGCUACGGGUCCCUCAUCUGGAACCCCGGCUUCGACUUCGACGACAAAAUCCUUGGCUUUAUCAAGGGCUACAAGCGGACCUUUAAUCUCGCUUGCAUUGACCACAGAGGCACACCGGAGCAUCCGGCGAGGACCUGCACGCUUGAAACUGACGACGAGGCCAUAUGCUGGGGAAUUGCAUAUUGUGUCAAGGGUGGUCCAGAAAAAGAGCGAAAAGCAAUGCAGUACUUGGAGAGAAGGGAGUGUGAAUAUGACCAGAAGAUAUCCAUUGAUUUCUACAAGGAAGGAGAUCCCCUGAAACCAGCUGUGACGGGCGUCUUAGUUUUUGUGUCCACUCCAGAUCCAAUUGGCAACAAGUACUACCUUGGCCCUGCUCCUUUGCAGGAUAUGGCAAGGCAAAUUGCUACAGCCAAUGGCCCUACUGGCUAUAAUAGGGAUUACCUGUUCUCAAUGGAGAAGGCAUUAGCCAGCAUAAAUAAAAAUGAGCAGAAUGACACAACUGCAGUAAACUAUGAGGCAGCACUUGUAUCAUCAUCUGGUGAUUACAGGAUGCCUUUGGUAUGGAUAGACUUGGAAAUGACCGGUUUGGAUAUUACAAAAGAUCGGAUUUUGGAGAUUGCUUGUGUCAUAACGGAUGGUAAACUUACAAAACAAAUUGAGGGUCCUGACUUGGUUAUAAGCCAGAGCAAAGAUUGUUUAGAUAAUAUGGGUGAAUGGUGCAAAACUCAUCAUGCAGCUAGUGGUUUGACAGAAAGAGUACUGCAGAGUGAACUUUCUGAACAUGACGCAGAGGCAAAAGUUUUAGACUUUGUUAGGAAGCACAUAAAUUCAGGCACUCCAUUAUUAGCUGGGAAUUCUGUUUAUGUGGAUUUACUAUUUCUGAAGAAGUACAUGCCACAGCUUGCAGCCGUCUUCUCUCAUGUAAUUGUCGAUGUGAGCAGUAUAAUGGCUUUAUGCAUACGAUGGUACCCCAAAGAAAGGAAACAAACUCCAAUAAAGCAGAAAACCCACAGGGCAAUGGAUGAUAUUAAAGAAAGCAUCGCCGAACUGAAGUACUAUAAGGACAACAUUUUCAAACCACAGAAAUCAAAGCGGUAG